UCUGGUUCUGAUAGAAAAACUCAUCUGAAGACCUGGCUGAGUCACUAUCAGAAGACAAGGUGCCUGAAGCAUUCCUGGCAAUGGUGCUUAUCCAGUUUGGCACAAUGAUAGUGGACCGAGCGCUCUACCUGCGUAAAACCUUGUUAGGAAAGUGUGCCUUCCAGGUCAUCCUCGUCUUGGGUACCCAUUUCUGGCUUUUCUUCAUCCUGCCAGGGGUCACUGAGAGGAGGUUUAAUCUCAACUAUGUGGCUCAAAUCUGGUACCUGGUGAAAUGCAUCUAUUUUGGCCUGUCUGCCUACCAGAUCAAGUGUGGCUACCCAAACCGGAUCUUGGGCAAUUUCCUCACCAAAAGCUUUAAUCUCGUCAACCUCGUCUUGUUCAAAGGAAAUACCCUCUUCCCUAGAGCUGCCACUAUCUCAGACUUAAAGUCUUAG